CUACCCCUUUCCUUCUCAUCAAAUCCAAAAGCAAAUUCUCUCUAUACAAAUACAGUCCUUAGCUCCUACAAUUCAUCAAGUUAUCAAUGGCCUCAACCAAAUCCUUCAUUGCAACUUUACUUCUUGUUGUCACAAUGUCAAGCAUGAGCCUAGAAGCUCGCCAUCUUUUGCAAACUACCACACAACCAAAUUUACCAGCCAUUCCCACUUUACCAAAACCAACAACAUUACCACCUUUACCUUCAAUUCCAAAUAUGCCUCAAGGAAAUCUUCCUCCAUUGCCUACUAUCCCUUCUAUGCCUAAACUCACUAUGCCACCACUUCCAAGUCUUCCUACAAAUAUUCCAACAAUUCCAUCUCUCAACAUUCCACCAUUGCCAGCAGUCACUUCACUUCCAAACCUUCCUUCAAUCCCAACCACUUUCCCCUCCCCACCACCUUCAACCUCUAGCCCUUAAACACUUCUUUCCAAGUUGCAUUAUGUGAUCAGCUAAAUACAUGCAAUAGACAUUGCAUCAUUUCUUGAUUGUGUGUGAUGAAAUUGUACGAGGUUAUGAUGAUUGUUGUAUCUUUGUUUUAUUGUACGGAGUAAAAAGCCUUUGUAUUUUUUUCUUUUCUACUUACCAGUUUGGUACUAUUGCUUGUACUUUUGAAUUUAAUUUAUUGAUGUUGAAUACACAUACA